AUGGCUCAACCAAUGCCCGAUUACCAACAACAAUUUUCCAACGAGUCUCCUCACGACUCUGACAAGACUCUGGAGCGUCAGACAACUGCUGCCCAUCAACAAGCUCAUCCUCAUCUCUAUGCCCAUCCCUCAAAUAUCCAUCCCGCUUUCGGCGGUGCCCUGCAACCAGGUCUCUGGAAGCCCGUUGAGCACCGCAAGUUCGCCAACCCGGCUCCUCUAGGACUGUGCGCUUUCGCUCUCACAACCUUUGUCCUAUCAUGCAUCAACAUGCACGUCCGUGGUGAAUCUUCACCUGCUAUUGCUAUUCCUGUGGCCUUUGGCUAUGGUGGUCUUGUUCAGCUAUGCGCUGGCAUGUGGGAAAUGGCUGUUGGAAACACAUUCGGUGCUACCGCCCUAUCAUCAUAUGGAGGCUUCUGGAUCGCCUAUGGUCUUCUCUUGACACCAACAUGGAACGUCCUCGGCGCCGAUGGUCCUUACGAGGGUGAUACUGGUUCGGUCAUGGGCUUCUUCCUUACCGGCUGGUGGAUCUUCACAACACUUCUCCUCAUCUGCACCCUCAAGUCCACCGUCGCCUUCUUCUCUCUCUUCUUCUUCCUCGACAUCUGCUUCCUCUUGCUUGCAUGCGAGAACUAUGCCCACGACUUGGGCAACCACAGUGCUCAGCUUGCUCUUCAAAAGGCAGCUGGAUUGUUUGGAUUCUUGGCUGCGUUCAUGGCCUGGUACAAUGCCCUCGCAGGUCUCCAAGACAGCAGCAACUCCUUCUUCCAGGUUCCCGUCAUCCACUUCCCCUGGUCCGAUGAGGGUCGGGCACACCGUCACCACAAGGCCGAGCAAAACCUUGCUUAG